AGCCACCUUGAACAUAAUUUUAAUGAUAAUUUGUGUUUGUUUGUUCCCCAAGUGUGUGUGUGUGUGUGUGUGUGUGUGUGUGUGUGUGUGUGUGUGUGUGUGUGUGUGUGUGUGUGUGUGUGUGUGUGUGUGUGUGUGUGUGUGUGUGUGUGUGUGUGUGUGUGCAAAAGGGAGUUCAAUUAAAGAGGACAUAUUAUGCAAAACCAACUUUUCUUACCUACUGGUACCUGUUUUUGCGUAUUUGGGAUCUGCAUAAGUGCCGAAAACUUUGAAAACAAACCAUUGAGGCAAAGCAGGGAUAUUUAAUGGAACAAUCUUCCCUUCAUUCAUACUUCCUCCAAUCAAGCUGUUUGGAAUUUGCCCAAUUUGUGACGUUUUUAACAUUGGUGACAUUAGCAGAUGUCUCCAUAUAUGGUAAAGAUUACCCGAAGAGGUUUGCGCGAGUCCGCCAUUGUAGUUUGACGCUUUUGUCAAAAGUGGCGUAUAGUUCUAACUUGUAUCUGUCAGUUGACUCCAAAUGGAAGACCUAAAAACUACAACAUGGCUGAUGGGGGAAAAGACGCAUUUGGACCGCCCACAAGAUGGCGCAUUGUUAAGAGACGGUCAUAAAGUGGUUUGAAGAUGGUCUGUAAAACAAUCUACGUAUGUCGGCAACAUUUUGACCAAAAAACAGGGCCGGUUUUAGGCAUAUAUGAGGGGGCAGUCAGAAAUAUGAAAGGGGCAUUGUGUGUGCAUGCUGCUCCAUCAUGCGGUUGAGUAUAAUCAUUUAAUUUGAAUAAAAUCAAGAGUAAGUGGUAAUAUUUGAGUGGGCUCCGGGCCCCUCUAUAGUGAAAAACUUGGGCCCCGAGGUCAAAAAAGUUAAGAACCCCUAAACCACAAAGAAGUGUUUAAAAUGCAGGAAAAAAAUAAUUAUAUGACCCCUUUAAAACACUUUGUAAACACUAAUUGCUAUAUGGUUCAGUCCAUUUCCUUCCAUUCCUAUGUUUAAUUGAACAAUUGAAUAUACAAACAGACUAAGUGUUCUGGCUCUGCCAUUAGUAUUGUGUGCACUGGCUCUUUAAGAGAAUCAGGAAGUGAGUGUCCUGGCCAUGCUGCGCAGAGAUGAUGAUGUAAUGUGAUUCAGACCACGGAGACGGCAUGUUGUUCUGUUCUGUAGCUGUGUUAGAGUUCAUAAAGGCAUUCCCUUUUCACACCUGCCAUAUAAAAACGGGUCCAACUCAUCCUGACGUCUGCGACUUCUUGUGUGGGGGUGUUUAACUAACUGGAAAGUGAAAAGGUUUCAUGAAGCCAGUACAGUGAAAAGGGACACCUUUCGAUGAACUGCUGAACCCCAGGCUGCACUGUCAUACGCUGUUUUCAGACCAGCACGACAGACGUUGUUAAGUCAGCGUAAAGGCAUAGUGAGUACAUCAACACGAACAAUGGAGAACGCUGAAUCUACGGUUUCCCGGGCAAGCAGAUCGUCCGGAAGCAGAUCGUCUGCCGCAAGUCUAACGUUAGCAGCUGCCACAGCACGUGCAAAAGCAGAAGCAGCCCAGGCCAGAGCUGCAUUUGCAAAGAAAGAAAUAGAAAUUAAACUAGAAAAAGCUAGAUUGGAAGCAACACUCCAUGCACUCGAGAAGGAAGGUGAAGCACAAGCUGCCGCCGCCGAAGCAGCAGUGAUGGAGGACGCUGCUGCAAGAUUGGAAACGACAGUGGAACAUUAUAUUCAUCUGCCCUCACUCCAAAGCGCCCAUGAGCGGACAGCUGAAUACAUAAGAAAACACAGUGAGCCCAGCAUUGAGCCCAGUGAUAAAGAGCCACGUGAAAUAAACACAAAUGACAUUAAACUAGAUGAAGGGAUGAACAAAGUAAAAAUUAAGGAAUCAGAUAGGCAACAUGAAUCUGUACCCACAGUCUCAAAAGACUUUCAGCCCCAAAGACCCCCAGAAAACAGUGCCCAUAAUAUUCCUAUGUAUACAACGCCCUCUACUGUCCACAACCAGUAUUACUCACCCGCUCAAUAUCAUUCUAAUGACACUAAUGAACUUGCUAAAUAUCUAGUAAGGAGUCAGUUGUUAACGUCUGAGCUCACAAAGUUUGAUGACAAACCAGAAAAUUAUUUAGCUUGGAAAUCAUCAUUCACUAACGCUACCGAGAGUCUUGAUCUUAAAGCUGGGGAAGAAAUUGACCUCCUGAUUAAAUCACUGGGCCCAGAGUCAGUUAAACAUGCACGUCGUAUCAGAGCAGUGAAUAUAAAUAAAUCACCAGCUGCCUUACAACUCAUCUGGGACAGGCUAGAAGAGACCUAUGGUUCGCCAGAGGCCAUAGAGGGCGCUCUUUUUGCAAAACUUGACCAGUUCCCCAAAAUAGGGCCAAAAGAUCACCUAAAACUAAGAGAGCUAAGCGAUUUACUGUUGGAAAUCAAUUCAGCAAUGCAAGAAGGAUAUUUACAUGGACUGUCCUAUCUUGAUACGGCAAGAGGCAUCGCUCCAAUCGUGGAAAAAUUGCCGUAUGGACUACAAGACAGAUGGAUGAUGGAAGGCUCACGCUACAAACAGGAAUAUAAAACUCACCUUCCCUUCCUCUCAGGACUUCCUUACCUCCAGCAUAUCACGGCGGGGAGCAAGAAGAUGGACAGGAGGAAACAGUCGUUGCAAGUUGCACUGAGGCUAGGACAAUGAAGACACGAUCCUUGAGGAACAAGACCAGGAGACUCAAUCAAGUGGAUCAUCCAGAGAGCUCCUCUGAUUUAGAUCUAGCGCCAGUGGCUCACUGCAGCAAAACCAUGAAAAAGUAAGUACUCCUAUUGCAUUUUUAUGGAACCAGUCUGUGCUAAACAGUACAGAACUUGUGUUGUCUGAAGAUUUUAUUGUACCAAAAUGUUCAGUAUUCUUUAAAAUUCAAACAUAUUUUUAUAGUUAUAGUUUCCUGUAGUGUCAUUUAAAUUAAAUCUGCAUGACACAGGAGCUAUGUUUAUUAUAAAUCACAGGUGAAAUAUAUGAGGACACAGAAAUGGCCUUUAAGAAACCAUAAUUUAGUUUUAGUUUUAAAUCUGCAGUUAAGAUGGGAGUCUGUGAACGCUUUCAGUUUAAUCCUACAUUAAGUACAAAUGCAUACACCAAAUAAUUUACUCAGGUGCAGAGUGUUAUAGUCACAUGAAUAUACAUAGCAGCUUGGAUGAGAUUAUUCAAACUAUAGAUAAUAUAAUAAUUACACAAAUAAUAAUACAUUUGUUAGUUUUCUUGGUUUUUGUAUUAAAUUAUCAAUAGAGAGGAGAGACAAUCAGCCAGUCAAGAUCAGCAACUCCUGAGAUGGGUAACACAGAGCUCCUGCAUCCACGACCUACUGAGGAUGUUGGCAGUCAUACUCAGCAGUCAACAAGAAGGCAUGGAUCUGAAGAUGACUGUUUAAAGCCUGUGCCAAAUCAAGAUGCAGACCAGUUGUUAAGUGAUGUCUCAGAUUCCCCUCUUAAUCCUGCCAUUCAACAAUCUCUUGAGGACUCUGAAGUGAAAUUUGGACCCAUUGUUGGUGAUGAUAGUGAUACUCAAGACACCACCCUUCCCUGGAAUCCACAUGACUUGAGCAGCAUGCAGCAUUCUACAUUCAAUGAUGGUCCUGUAUCAUCAAGCUGUCUUCCAGCAUCACCAGAUCCAUUUGACAAAGAAAUCCUUCUUUUGAAAUUAAGACGAGUAAACAUAGUUGAUGAUGUCCUUAAUGUCUUCAUGGAUCCAAAAGUACUGAAUGCUAGUCUAAGAAUGGAGUUUACAAAUGAGAAAGCUAUGGACACUGAUGGUGUGUCAAGAGAGGCGUACUCCGCAUUCUGGGACCACUUCUUGGACCAGUCUGAGGGGGAAGAUGAACGAGUACCCAGGCUACGACCAGACUAUUCUGAGAAGAAAUGGCAAGCUCUUGGAAGAGUGUGGUUGAAAGGAUACCUAGACCACAAAAUCCUACCAAGCAGACUGUCACCAGCCUUUGUUCUUGCCUGUUGUAAAGGAGUUAGCUCAGUGUAUGAAGAACUACUGAUGAUGUCAUUUGCCAGAUUUCUUUCAGAGAAUGAGCGUGUGUCGCUUGAAAAAGCACUACAGGGUACCAUUGAUGAAACUGUUGAGGAGGACUUACUUGAUGUCUUCUCCAGAAUGGGCUCACACUGCCUGCCCCCUAAAAACAAUUUACGGGCUGCUAUUUUAACAAUGGCACACAAAGCUCUUCUUCAAGAGCCAAAGUUCAUAAUUGACUGUUUCCACUCCAGUGUUCAUAAUGCUAUGCCAACGCUCAUAACCAAAGACAACAUAAUGGAGAUAUAUGAAUCUAAGAGGCCAACUAACAAGAAAGUGGCCCAGAUGAUAAAACCAUAAUUUGAAAGCCUAAAUCCACAAGAGCAGACUGCUCUUAACCACCUGCUACAGUAUGUGAGAAGCAUCGACCAAAGAAAAUUGGAGAUCUUCUUACGCUUCUGCACAGGAUCUACUGUGCUGUGCAAAGACACAAUUGAAGUAAUUUUUAACACAUUGUGUGGUUUAAGUCGCGGGCCUGUAGCACGCACAUGUGGAGCCGUUCUUGAGUUACCAUGCACUUACAGCACAUACCCUGAGUUUCGCAAAGAAUUUGAUAAUGUCUUGUCUGGCGACUGCUUCACAAUGGAUAUUGUGUAGUGAAUGGAAAGCACAUCUAUCUUCUACACUGGGGUUAUUAUGGCAUUUGUCUGAUGCAAAACUGUUUCUACAGAUUUCCAUUUAUUGUUCUUAUUAAAACAGAGACCGUUUACAUUUUUUAAGUUGUUUUAUGUUCUUCAUUUUUCUGUAAAUUGUUAGUACAUUGAGAUUUAAUUUUUUUCCACAAGACAGUUUAAGUUUAAUAAUUUUGAUAAGUCAGCAGGGUCUGUUCUCAUAGGUGAAUGUCCCUUUUUGUACAAUUAUUAAAUUUUCAUGUGCAUCUUUUAUACAAUUGUUAUUCUGAAUGAUGUUCAUCAUUCAGCAUUUUUGUCAUCAUUCAACAAAGAAAUUCCUGUUCGAUGCAAGUAUAAUACAUUUCAAAUGGUUGUUCAGUUCUGUUCAUUUCCUCUUUCAUGUCCUGCCUUGUUUCUCUUUGUAGUCAGUAUGUAUAUAGUGACAUAUCAAUCCUAUUUGCACCUCAGUUUUGCUGCAAAAUGUUCUUAAUGUUUGUGGCAUAGCUGUCAGGCUUGUCCCUGAUAGUUUGACUAUCUCUUAGUUUUUCCUCUGCGUUUGUCUUUGUUUCCUGUCUUUGUUUCCUGUCAGCACUCUUAUUUUGGUUAUUUCCUGAUUGUCUCCCUGAGUGCUGUUUCCCCUCAGCUGUGGCUGAGGGGGUUUUCUAGAACGUUUUCUAGAACGUCUGGUAUCCGUUAUGGGAAGGGGGGCUACUGUCAGGCUUGUCCCUGACAGUUUGACUAUGUCUUAGUUUUUCCUCUGCGUUUGUGUUUGUUUCCUGUCAGCACUCUUAUUUUGGUUAUUUCCUGAUUGUCUCCCUGAAUGCUUUUUCUCCUCAGCUGUAGCUGAUUGGCACCAGGCCACACCUGGUGUCAAUCAGCCAGCUACUAUUUAAACCUGCUUUGUCCUCCACUGGAGUAUUGUCAUGUCGUUGUUUGCUGUAUGCUGUCGUUGCUAGCUGUGUGCGUUAAGCUAUUCCCUGGAUCCUGACUCCUGUUCCUGCUUCCUGGUUUCUGGUUUGUUUUCCUUUUCUUUUUUUUGAACAUUAAAACCAUGUUUUCUUGUA